AUGUGUCGUCGGCAUGAUUUUCAGAAUACCGCAAAAAAUUUGGUCAUUCCUGCCAGACCUUUAGCGACGGCAUGUUGUCGGCACAAUAUAUCCUGGUCAAAUGAAUUUGGUCAAAAUUGGCAAAAGUUAUGGCGACAACUAGUCGUCAGAAUAGGUGGACUUGUAGCGACGACAUGCAUCGUCAGGAUAGGUGUCGUCGCAAUAGUUUCGUAUUCAUGUAGUGAGAGUGGUGAAAUUGUUGAUUAUAGUCUCAAAAAGUCCAUCCCUUCGUCGCCGGUUAUGGCCUCAUCACUGCUGAUUCAUCCUCUAUCAUCGCUGCUUCAGAUCGCCUUGUCGUCCUGUAGGCGGGUAAUUAUGAUCAAGGCGCAUUCUAACAAGCAUUAUGUACUAGAUCUUGACAUUGAACCAAUGAAGAGUUUCAGAGCUUACUGA